AUGCCUCAGCUUGUUAUAUCGGCUGCAGUCUCACCUUUCGGUCCUCAAAUCUCUCGACUUCCCGACGAGCUCAUUUUUCAGAUAUUCAAGCAAGUCGCCGUGUCCAUGUUCCCUCCCAAAUCAAGGUUCAACACUGUCAUCACUCCCAAGAACUUUGCAAUCUUGAACCAACACUACGCCAUCAACCGGAUUCGCAACGUCUCCACUGGCUUCGCCGUCUUCUUCAUGCAAGCUUUCUACGAGAACUACACCUUCAGCUUCAAGCAUUGCCAGCUGUACAACUACUGGUCGCUUUACCUCACCUCUCUGCCGGCUCCGCUCCCUCGACGUCAUUUCCGCCACCAUUUGCGCUCCAUGCACAUCGAGAUUGUCAUGGAGAACUACUUCUUCACUGCACAAGAAAUCUUCGUCCUCCCCACAACCACCUCUCACUACCGCACGCGAUGCAAGAUCACCAGCGCCGAGCAACUGCUGAAGCACUCCCCGGCUGCGCGCCAACUCCACGGUCUCACUGAUUCUUGGAUCGGCUUCAGCAACCUGACUGUGCUGAACUUGCACAUUCGCUCCGAUUUUCGCUAUUACCCAAUUGAUGACGAGUUCUUGGCCGCCCUGGAGGACGCCAACCUUGUGGUCACGGCGGGCAAGGUUGAGCUGGUUGUGACCGACGACGAUGGCAACAUUAAGCCUGAGCAUUUGGAGGUGAAAAAGCGCAUCGUGGUGGAGGGUGGGAGGUGA